AACAAAUUAUCUUCAUUAGAUGUGUUUCUUGCAGCAGUGAACAUAAUCUCACCAUAUGAUUAAAUCUCUUGUCAGAAUUUGUAAAUGUAAUCACAAUAAAUACAAGGGCAUAAUAGAGCUUUUCUUCUUCAAUCUCUCUCACUUCCAUUGGUUGUAAGAAAAGAAAAAUGUUUAUCUCAUCCAUGAAUCAUCCAAAAACACUUCAUUUUUUCAGGAUUAUUCUGUCCCAAACUCAAAAGCUUCCCUUGCCGAAAAGGUUCGUUAGUUUAUACGGAGACGAUCUAUCGAAUACCGUAAUCGUUAAAGCUCCGACGGGGCCAGAAUGGAAAGUAGAGUUGAUGAAAUGUGAUGGUGAGAUUUGGUUAGCUAAUGGUUGGAAAGACUUUGCGGAUUAUUUCUCUUUGAAGUAUGGGAACCUAUUGAUCUUUAGAUACGAAGGUCAUUCGCGGUUUUACGUGUUCAUGAUAUUUGAUCAGACUACAUUCGAAAUCGAAUACCCGAACGGUAUCGAUAACCAUGAUGUGGAGCUCCAAAUACCGGACGUGGAAGAAGUCGGGAGUGAGGAUGUGGUUGAAAUAGUCAACAACGUAUCGCCAUCCCGGAAAACAACGGAGAAAACACGUUCUUCGCCUCGUAAGAGAACAAGAAUGCAGGGAGCUACGAAUGCGAAAAAAUCGGAGUUUCGAAUGUCAAGCAGAGAUGGAAGUAAAAUCGGUCCGGAGCAAGCUGGUGGAGGCACGUCUGCUGCCCAGAGAUCAUCGGCAUCGUCAGCUAACCAUUUUGGAUCGGAAAAGCCAUUCUUUGUAGUUAAUAUACAGCCAUCGUACAUUACCGCAUUUCAUGCUAAUGUUCCAUUUACGUUCGCGAGAACUUAUUUCACUUGGAAGGAGGCCGAUGUUAUCCUUAAAGAUCGAGACGGGAGAACUUGGCCCAUUCAUCUCAAAGUAUACAAUAAAUAUCAUUGCACAAGCUUUGGCCGUGGUUGGAAGGCAUUUGCAAUCGACAAUGAUUUACGAGUAGGCGAUUCUUGUGCCUUUGAACUGCUAGAGGGACCCGAAAUAUCAUUUAGGGUUACUAUUUUCCGGAACCCCGAAGAUUCAAAUGAUCGCCAUACUAGCACUCGUGGGAGUAAAAUAGGUCAUGGUCGGCACAAGAGGGAAUUGAAUGCUCGGAGUCAGAUUGAAUAUGAUCAUUCUAGUGAAGAUGAAAUGAUUAGAUAUUCAAAGAGGAAUAAAGGAUCUCAAGUUCCGAGAAGAAAAAUUAAGACCAGAGAUGGAAAGUUCGAUGAGGCGAUGCAGAAUAAGACUUCAGCACGGCGAGCUAUUCAAAGGCUUCCAAGCAAAGGAACUGCCAUUGCUAGAGCUCUUGAAAGAGUAAGCAAACUCAGGUCGGCUCAUCCGUUGUUCAAAGUCAUUAUCACAACAAAUUUUCUGCAGAGAGGGUUUCCGAGCAUCCCAGAACGCUUUUGCGACGAACACAUGGAGCAAAUUCCGGAAGAUGUGACCCUUAAAUAUAAGCAUAAAUCAUGGCGUGUAAGGAUGAUUAUUUGCUCGGACAGGGCAGGCCGAUUUAGCGUCGGCUGGCGGGCAUUUGUACAGGGAAAUAAGCUCAAAGUUGGAGACGUUUGUGUGUUUAAGAUGAUCAAGAAAACAAAUAUUGUUUUCGAAGUCUCCAUUUUCAGAGAUGGUUUAACUCUUGGUUGAACAUCUGCUAAGAUUCACCAUGAAUAUGUGACUCGUUUUGUGACUCAGUAAUGUAUGGAUAAUGUACCGAGUUAGUUUUGUUUGUAUAAAAAUUUGUAUGACGCA